GUCGAAGAAGAGAAGCGUCAUUGACGACGUAGCAGAAAACUGACUAAACUAGAAAAUUUGGGGAUCACCCGAAACAUUAUUUAUUUAGUUCAUUGGGUAACAAGACAAGGCCCAAUAAUUAUGUUUUUGAAUCUUAAAUUUAGGUCUUUAUAUAACUUCCGAAAAUAUUAUACUCCCUCUUUGCUUUGAUAUUUUAGAUUUUGUUUUUAUAUUUAAAAUAUUGAAUUUAUAAUAUAAUUAAUAUUUUUUACCAAAAAUUAAAUAACUAAUGCAUUUGGCUUUGUUUGCGAAUAAAAUUAUGAACAGUCCUUCUAGCCAAGAACUUACAAAUCAUUUUUUUACAUAGUCAUCUAGUCGACUUCGAAAGGAAACCAUUAAGUGAUAAUAUAAUAUAUAAUCCAAAUUUGAAAUGAUUUCCAACUGUUGUUGCGGAUAGCCAAUACAAAUCACUCAUAUGAAAAUCCAUAAGUGAGAAAUAAAUUAUCAUAGUAGAGCAGUAGAACCAGUCUCCUAUUCAUAAUUUAUUGAUAAGUUACCUGUCACAAUGAAGACCGUUGCGGAAUGGCAGAGUUAUUUAACGGGAUCCUAUAAGUGGUAUAUAUAUAUACCAGUGUCAUGAUCAACUACAAUUCAUUUUAAGGCUGUAAAAUUUAUUAUGACAGAGAUUCACAUACAGUUUCAUUUUUAAUGAUUGACAAGAUUGUUAUAGUGGUUGACAAGUAAAGAAGAAAAAUUAAAAGUUUCCAGUUAAAUCACGUCUCUAAUUAACUUAAUAAACUUUCUCUUAUUUAGAUCACCAAGUUUUUUUUUUUUGUUCAAUCUCGAUCUUACUAUCUCUGUAUCAUGCAAUGUCGUCUCCAAGUUACUACGCAAGCAUCUUAUGCAAAUAUCUCCUGAUCAUAGGUGUGGUCGCAACCUUCUUCAUCGUCGUCUUCUUCAACUUAACCUACAUCAGUUCACAAUAUGUCGAUAGUAACAUAUUCACCAUAAAAUGUGAAGAGACCGGGCCUAAGGAGACAACUACGAACUUGAGCCACUUGAUGUUUGUGUUGGUGGGGAGCUCAAGUGCGUGGAAGCAUCGAAGAACUUACAUAGAAUCAUGGUGGAGACCAAACGUGACACGUGGCAAUAUCUUCAUGGACGUGGAGCCGUCGGAAGAGUUCAGGCCUUGGUCUCCGACCUUCCCGCCGUUUAAAGUCAACGAAGACCUCAGGAAACUCAGUAUUUACCCAAAGCUAGCAAACCAAGUUCACAUUCGUAUCUAUAGAUCUAUUCUCGAGACUUACAGGCUCCAACAAGACGAUGGUGUGAGAUGGUACGUAAUGGGUGAUGAUGAUAGUCUUUUCUUCGUAGACAACAUAGUGGAUGUGUUGUCAAAAUACGACCACACGGAAAAACGUUACAUCGGAAUGUUUUCGGAGUCGACAAAAUCAAAUUUCCGCUUAGCAUUUGAAAUGGCAUACGGAGGAGGAGGAUAUGCUCUAAGUUAUCCUCUGGUCGAGGCUUUGGUGGCAAAACUAGAUGAAUGUAUUGAAAAGUAUCAUUUCAUUUGGGCAGGCGAUAAGUUACAGAGUUAUUGCUUGGCUGAUCUUGGUGCCGAUCUUAUCCCGGAGAAAGGGUUUCAUCAGAUGGAUCUACGAGGUGACUUGUCGGGUUUGCUCUCGUCACAUCCAACGGCUCCUCUUCUCAGCCUCCACCACUUCGACGCCGUAGCACCACUUUUCCCUGGCAUGAACCGUCACGGCUCAGUCCUUCAAAUUAUGAAAGCGGCCAACGUAGACCAAUCACGGAUGCUACAACAGUCGAUAUGUUACGUCAGAGCUAGUAACUGGACCUUCUCGGUCUCGUGGGGAUACUCUGCUCAUGUCUAUGAGAAUAUAUUCCCACGAAGCUACUUGAAGCUUCCCAUCGAGACAUUCCGUCCUUGGCUCCGAGGAUGGUUUCCGUUUUACAUGUUUAACACGAGACGGGUGUCUAGAAAUCCAUGUGAAGCUCCUCAUUGGUUCUUCUUUGAUUCGAUUGAACAAGUGGACGGAGGAGUUGUUACUUCCUACACAAGGAAGUUUAUUAGAAACAUGACUUCUUGUUCUUUCUCUUGUGAUAUUUCUGCGGAUCCUCUUGCUUCGAUCCGAGUCUUCUCUCCCAUAACUCCCAAAGAGGGAAGAAAAGUGGAAUGUUGUGACGUGGAAUAUGAAGGUGCCGAUGUUGCAAACAUAAGACUUCGAGAUUGUAGGAGUGACGAAAUCAUCAGCUAAGAUAAAUGGAGAAGAGAAAAGAAUAGUUAUAUUGUAAUUUCAAUUUUGUUUUUAAUUAAGUUAUACGUCGCUUAAAAAUCAUGCCUACAAUUACUCUGAUAUCUUAACAAGAGAAGUUUACUGAUGUACAUAUUUUUUAGUCAUAUAUGUGGUAGAAUACAGUUGCCGUACCCACCUAGGUUUGUUACUUAGUCCACGAGUUUUUUUUUUUGGAACUUUUACCCAUACAGUUCAGGGAUGUACAUUAGUGUGAGUUUAUUUUACAUAUUAUUGUUAGGACUUAGUGAUCAUACAUGUAAUGGAUUUUUAUUACAUAAUAUAUUAUUUUUCAAGUUUCUGAUUUCAUUGUCACUAUUUUUUUUUUGCUAACAUUUGGUAAUUGUCACUCUUACAAAAUCUGAAUUAUGGAUUAAAUUAUAUGCGUCCAGAUGUCUAACUAAGUGUAGAAUUUGAUUACUUGCUUCAACGUGAAUUUUAUAUCAUGGAUUCAUGGCAUAUGUGGUUUUUUUGUCUAUGUCAUGGUUAAGCAUUU